AUGUUUCUGGCUGAGCUAGGUCUGAUUCAGAAGUUGAGAGAAAGCACAGACACAGAGGAGGUCCAGAAACCUCAACCCACCUGUACAGACCUGCAGCCUGUUCAGCCAUCGUGUCCGACUCGCUGGUACUGGAAGUUGGUCCCUCAUGCCAUCGCUUUUUGUUUGAAGGAGUCGGGGAAUAAGCCGCCUGUGAUCCGCUACAGGAAGGAUAAGGUGCAGUCCAAACAGACUCCUACCUUUCCGUUUGUGUCGGAGAUGAAGGAUCUGUCCAAUGGCUGUGCCAUCGCCACAGUGCUGCACUUCUACUGUCCGACGCUGCUCCGACUGGAAGACGUUUGCCUGAGGGACACCAUGUCGGUGGCAGACAGUCUGUACAACCUGCAGCUCAUCAGGGACUUCUGUGAGCAGUGGCUGAAAGGGUGCUGCCCUCUGGUGUUGGAGGACCUCCUCUACACCCCACCAACACUAAAGCUGAACAUCAUGUGCUUCAUGGCAGAGCUGUUGAGAUGGUUUGAGGUGCAGAAGCCGGACAUCGUCCAACCAUCGCUGUCCUUAGACCUCACAGAUGCCUCAGGUCUAGACGGCUGUACGAGCCCAAUGAAUGGGAACAGUAACAGUGGCUCUCCGUCGUUCAUCUUCAAGCAGGCCUUCCUGCCCAUCACCUCUCCAGUGUCCCCAGCAGGAGGAUCAGAAGGGAAAGGCUGGACCAAAAAGCAACUCAGUCGUCCUCUCUCGGCGGUAGCCUUCAGUAUCCCUUUCCCUCUGGACAGUGACGUGGACGUCGUCAUGGGCAACCCGCUCUUCCGCUCCGUCAGCACCGACAGCCUGACGGCCGCGUCGUCGACGACGACGGCGCACCACGCCCACCCGUACACCCCGCCCGAGGACCUGAGUCACAUGAUCCCGCCCGCACCAAUGGGAGAGCUGCCCACCAUCGAGGAGGCCCUGCACAUCAUCCACGCGCCCAACGGCGGCGUGGCGGUCCGGCAGCGGCCAGAGGGGGCGCCGGCGGGCUUCUACCUGCACUCGCCCGGCGAGGACGACCCGGGGAGCGAGGAAGAGGACGGAGGAAGCGGGAGGAAGACGAAGAUGAAGGGCGGGUCCAGGCUCAGCUGCUCCGCCCCGUCGCGCUCGAUGCUGCUGCGGCGGCCCGUGGUGGGCGUCGACUCCCCCUCGGAAGGCCCCGCGACGCCUGUCGUCGUCGUCGCCGCGGCGGCGCUCGCCUCGACCCCCGGGAACCACAGCAGCAGCAACCCCUCGCCUCCCGUCACCCCGGGCAAGGCGCGCACGAUGACCAGCUUCGCCGAGCGCCGCCGGAGGCACCCCGAGUCGCCCAUGACGCCGUCGGAGCCCGCGUGCACCCCCACGCCCGACGGGACCAGCGGGAUCUCCUCACCCCGACGCCCCACCCCCAGAGGAGGAGUGGGAGGAGGCGCUGGGGAGGAGGGCGGCGGCGGCGAGGAGGACAGCCCGAGCGUGAGCAGCCCCGCCGGGCAGACGGAGGCCUGGGAGCUGGCGUCGCGGCUGGAGGAGAAGCGGCGCGCCAUCGAGUCGCAGAAGAGGCGCAUCGAGGCCAUCUUCACCCGCCACCGCCAGCGCCUGGGCAAGACGGCCUUCCUGCAGCUCAAGAGGGAGCAGGGCGAGGGAGAGGGAGUGACCUUCUCCGUGGAGACCAGGAAGGGGGAGGAGACUGCCCUAGCCCCCGCCGCACCCCUGAGCCAAUACGACGACGCGGUGACCAAGCUGAGCUCCGCCCUCCAGGCGUUGCAGAAGGACAUGCAGAAGCUGACGGAGCAGCAGCAGAAGCUCAUGGGCGGGACCAAGAAGGCCACACCCACCAAGACCACACCCACCAAGGCCACGCCCUCCUCCCGCAAGACCCCGACCCCGAGCAAGGCCUGGGUCAUACCGGCCAGCCCCAAAUCCACGGCCACGGCCUCGGCCUCGGCCUCCGUCCCUCGCCUGUCGAGAGAGUCCACGCGCGACAUGUCCCCCUCCUCGCCCUCGCGCUCCACCCAAGCGGCGUCCGCUGCCACGCCCAAGUCGCCUCAGGCCACCGCCACCGGGUCCGGCUCGGCCUCCGCCGGCCGGAAGACCCCCAAGAGCCCGUCGUCGACGGCCCCCAAGAGUCCGCGUCGUCAGCGUGCACCGGCGCGCCCGUCCGACCUGCGCUUCCCGCCUCUGGCCCGCGUGCUGACGACGCCACAGAGCGUGGACACGCUGCCGCACCUGCGCCGCGUCUCGCCCAGCAAGUGCCAGGUGCAGACGUCGUCCUCGCUGCGCUUCGGCGGGCCGCAGACGCCCACGCCGCAGACGCCCACGCCCAAGGGGCCCCCCUCCCACCACCACCCGCUCAAGCCCGAGGAGAGCACCUCCGAGUCGGGCUCGAGCGACGAGCACGUGGCCAUGUUCAGCCUGGAGCUCGACGCGGGGCCUCCUCCACCUGCUCCUCCUGCGGCUACCAUCACCGCUGCUCAAGCGUUAGCAACCGCGAAUGCUAACGCUAGUGCUACCGCUAAUGCUAACGCUAGCGCUUUUGCUAACAUUAGUGCUAAUGCUAUCGGAGCCGCUUUCCCGAGGCCUCCGGGGUCAGUGGGCGGUGGGAGCAGCGUCGGGGGAGGCAGCAGCUCGGGGGCCCCGUCCGAGUGCUCCUUCGACAGCGACCUCAUGAUCAGCGGCGGCCUGACGGACGGAGAGGUGGAGGGGCCACUAGGGGGCGGCGGCGAGGAGACGGAUCAGGAGCUCGGGCCCGAGAUCUUCUCGUCCGACUCCAUGAGUGACCAGACCGACCAGUCGGACACCAGAGGAGGCGUCGGGUUCUUCUUCAGGGAGGAGGGCCUGUCGGAGGAGGAGAUGGCCCAGAGGAAAGCGGCUCUUCUGGAGCGACAGCAGCGGAGAGCCGAGGAGAUGAGGAGACGCCGCCAGGAGCAGGAGAGAGAGAACAGUCGGGCGUCGUCUGCAGACGAUCUCCGCCUCUCUCAGUCCCUCCCCACUUCCUCCUUCCUGGCCCCGCUCCCUGCCCCGUGGUCACAGCAGGCCACGCCCCCGGCCACGCCCCAGAGGCGGGGCGACUUCACGCGGGCGGAGUACGAGCGACGGCACCAGCUGAAGAUCAUGUCCGACCUGGACAAGCAACAACAACAACAGCCACAAAAACAACAGCAACACAAACCGCAACAGCACAAGCACCGCGCCGCCAACAAGGCGAGUCGGGACAACAAUGCCGUCAUCACCAAGAGCCCGGCCAAGAAGAAAUCGGAUUCCAGUUCAGCUGGCGCCAUGACCAACGGGCCCUUACCUGCUGUGAAGCCCCCCAGCCGCUCCAACUCCCCCGCGGGGCGGACGAUGUCGCCGUGCCGGCCAGCCAAUCAGAACGGCGAUAAAGACUGGGAGAACGGCUCGGGGGCGUCGUCGCCGGCGUCACUGCCCGAGUACACGGGACCCAAGCUGUACCGAGAGCCCAGCUUCAAGUCCAACAAGUUCAUCAUCAACAACGCCCUCUCACGCUGCUGCCUGGCCGGCAAGGUCAACCAGCCGCAGAAGGACAAGAUCAUUGAGGAGAUCGAGAAGAGCUCGGCGAACCACUUCCUGAUCCUCUUCCGUGACGCCCAUUGCCAGUUCCGAGCCGUCUACACCGUUGCCGGCGGAGGCGGAGAGCUGGUGCGUCUGUGCGGCGUGGGGCCGCGUGUGAUUUCCUGCGCCGACGUGGAGGCCAUCUACAAGUACAGCUCGGACCGCAAGCAGUUCAGCGCCAUCCCCUCCAAGACCAUGUCCAUGAGCGUGGACGCCUUCACCAUCCCCGCCCACCUGUGGCACGCCGCCAAGAAGCAGGGCACGCCCAAGAAGGUCGCCACGCCCAAGUGA